GUCAGAGCUGAGAACGAACAAAUUCAAAGUCCGCGUUCCUUUAAUGGACUUUGCCAAGACACCUCUUCUCAAAUGCAUAAACAUCCUCAAUUUUCUCUCUUUCUCUCUUCUCAACGAUCAAUCCUCUGAUUUUUCUUUCUGGGUGUUUCUCAGGUUAGAUGGUCCCGGAAGUUGUUCAUUUAAGUUGACAGUUGAUACUGAAGACCGGUCUAUUAUACAAUUAUGACUUGUUUUUCUUUCUUAUUUGGUCGGAGGAUUGAUUCUUCACCAAAAAAUUCUUUUGGAGUUGAUGAGGUUGCAGGCUUUGACAAUGUUAAACGCUACACUUACAAGGAAUUAAGAAAUGCUACUGAAGAUUUUAGUCCAGCUAAUAAAAUUGGAGAGGGUGGUUUUGGUUCAGUGUACAAGGGAAAGCUUAAAGAUGGGAGAAUUGCUGCUAUAAAAGUUCUUUCAGCUGAAUCAAGACAAGGGGUAAAAGAAUUUUUAACAGAGAUUAAUGUGAUCUCAGAUAUAGAGCAUGAGAAUUUAGUUAAGCUUUAUGGUUGUUGUGUGGAAGAAAAUCACAGAAUUCUAGUCUACAACUACCUUGAGAAGAAUAGCCUUGCACGAACUCUUCUUGGAGAAAAUCAGAGUAACAGUAACAUCCAGUUUAGUUGGAGAAUACGAACUAAAAUCUGCAUUGGUGUAGCACGAGGGCUUGCCUUUCUCCAUGAGGAUUUGCAACCACACAUUGUUCACAGAGAUAUCAAAGCGAGCAAUAUUCUCCUUGACAAAGACCUAACUCCCAAAAUUUCAGAUUUUGGUCUAGCCAAGCUUAUCCCACCCAACAUGACUCAUGUUAGCACACGUGUGGCUGGAACAAUAGGUUAUUUGGCACCGGAAUAUGCAAUAAGGGGCCAGCUGACGCGGAAAGCAGACAUUUAUAGUUUUGGUAUCCUCCUUGUGGAAAUUGUCAGUGGGAGAUGCAACAGAAAUACACAAUUGCCUAUUGACGAACAAUAUCUCCUAGAAAGGACAUGGGAACUUUACGAGCGAAAUGAGCUGGUAAGUCUGGUGGAUCCAUCACUUAAUGGGGAGUUUGAUGCUGAGGAGUCUUGUAAGUUUCUAAAGAUAGGUUUACUCUGCACCCAAGAUGCUUCAAAGCUUCGUCCUCCCAUGUCUACGGUGGUGAAGCUGCUAACCGGUGAGAAGGAGGUUGACGACAGUAAGAUAACAAAACCAGGUUUAAUUACUGAUUUCAUGGACCUCAAAGUAAGAGGCCCUCCUCAAGCCAAAUCUGAAAUAAAGACUGGAUAUCUUGUAUCAUCUGACUCGGACAAACUGGAUGACUCAACAACAUUAGGAAACUCGACAAGUGCAGCUACGUCUACGACCUUAACUGCGUGCAACGAUUAAAAUGUUUAAACAUCAAUAUGAAAAACUUAUCCAUUUGAUUUAUUAUCAUUAUUUUUUGUUUAGUUGUGUAAAUUCUUCUGGAACCAUGUUCCUUUCUUGUCUCCCUCAUCUUUUUGUGUAAUUUCUUUCGGCAAGGCAAGUUUUGCACAUAUGUAUUCUAUCUGUUGUAAAUGGAUGAAGUUAAGAGUAAAAUGAAGAAAGUGUGAUUCAAAUA